UUGUGCAUAGGAAUAAAUACCUAUCAAUAGGUGGCGGCGUCUCGCGUAUGGGACUGGAAACACGUAUUACAAAUUUUAAAAAAACACGACAGCUCUUUUUUUUUCGUCAUCCGCCCCUUUUCUUACCUUCUUUAUCUUUUCAUUUCAUCUCAUUUUUUUUUCUUUAUUGCUUCUUGCAAAACCCUCUAAUACGUUUUGGGCUGAAUAGCAGCCAUCUGCCUUGUAAAAAGCGACAAAUAAGAAGAAACAGUUUACGAAUUGAUUUUUUUUUGAUGCCGUUCAUAACCGCGCUCUCACGAACGUCUACAGAGCAUCGAUAUUUAUUCUCCCACCAUAAGCAGCGAGAGAUUGGUGACUAUGUUUUAGGCAGAACCAUUGGACGUGGAGCUUCGGGUCGCGUUAAACUCGCCGUAAAUCGACAUACUGGUGAACAAGUCGCUAUCAAAAUGAUUGCACGCUGCCAUCUGAUUGGGAGUACGGAAAAGGCGGUGCAACGUGAGUUGGCCGUGCUGCAGUUGCUAAAUCAUCCACAUUUGGUGCAACUUAAACAAGUGCUGCAAGAUUCCACCUAUGUUUACUUUGUCAUGGAGUAUCUCGAAGGUGGUGAGCUUUUCCAUCUAUUGGCUCAACGUGGUAGAUUACCAGAGAAUGAAGCAAAAUGUUUGUUUCGACAGCUGGCCCAAGCUUUAGCAUGGUGCCACGCCCAUCACAUCAGUCACAGAGAUCUCAAGCCCGAGAAUGUCUUGCUGGACAAGACACAGAAGCUGAUCAAGAUUGCCGAUUUUGGAAUGGCGGCCAUGCAGGUUCCUAAUGCACACUUAAAGACCAGCUGCGGGUCUCCGCAUUAUGCGAGUCCAGAAAUUGUGAGAGGCAGACCAUACAAUGGACCAUUAACCGAUGUGUGGUCCUGUGGUGUUAUACUUUAUGCACUUCUGACCGGCCAUCUUCCAUUUGAUGAUGAACAUAUGGGACGACUACUCGCCAAAAUCAAAUCGGGCCAUUACCGUCCAGUAUCGGAAAACGUAUCUUGUGAAGCUCGAGAUUUAAUUAGACGAAUGCUCGUCGUUCAACCGUCUAAACGCCUAACGAUGGAUGAAGUAUUAAAACACCCAUGGCUACUGGAAGACAACUCACCCAACGGACCCUAUAUAAUACAUCCUAUCGUACAAUCCAUGUCUCCAUUGAAAAAUCCGUAUUUACACCACCCAAUUGCUUAUACAGCCCGAGAUCUCGACGGACGCGUAUGGGAAACAUUAAAAGUUUUAUGGCAAGACAAGACGCCUCUUGAACUGCUCCUUGCGUUAGCAUCACAUGGGCCCAAUAUUCAGAAAUUAACUUGUCAUCUACUGCAAGAGCGUCUUCAGCGUCUUGAAGGAGAAGUUUAUUGCAGCAGUAACGCCAACGGUGGGAUGCACAACUAUAAUCUUUAUGGUUCGAAUACCAGCUAUCCGCCCGAUUCGUGUCAUGCGAGCCCCCAUUAUUGGAUUCACCGUGCAUCUUUGGCAGCAGACGAUACCAAUUCCGUCCGCCAUAGUCGGCGCGGCAGCGAUGAAUGCAGUCUUCCAACUACUUCGGAUUCUACAAUGUCGACUGUUUCCUGUUGUCGAACACUCGAUUCGCCUUUGACUCCUAAUAGCAGCCUUUUUGAAUUGGAUUUCGUUCAAGUGGAAAUAAUGAACAAGCGGUUCCUGGCGGACCAAGUAACCCCGGUGCCACUCAGUAUACCAACUGCGCGAAACCAUUUGAGCUGUUUCGACAGGUGGCUUUAUUCCGCAUCAGCCGGUCUGACUCGUAAUAAGAAUAAAUCAUGUAAAGCAAAGGGUCGAAUAGCCGAGCCGCGCAUCACAUUCUUUACUGCACAGUGUCAUACCGACAAUAAUAGCAGUAUAAUGAUUCAUUUGCAACAAUCUCUGCGAUUGACAACGCCUUGCGUAAGCAGGAGUGCAUGCUUAUCCAAGGAGCAGACAGCAUGGCAAUUAUGGCGAAAUCUGUUCAUGCGAUGAUAAUAAACACCUUUGUGAUUCUCCCCUCUUUUUGCCUUGCGAACCGAUCAGCAAAGUGGCUAAUAAAACUGCAACGCAC